AUGCGCGAGUUCAUGGACCAUGUCCACGCCACCUUUUACGAGGCCACGGGCUGGAGCCGCGACAACUCGUACGCCGCGCUCAACGCCAUCCCGGACGCCCUCCUCAACUUCCAGACGCCUCGCGGCCUGCGGCUGACGCUCUCCUCCCUCGCGAGCCCCAACUUUGCCACGUCGUACCAGCUCGGCUCCGUCGGCGUCGUCGACGGCUCCAUCUCGUACCUCUACUCGUCAGUCGCCCUGCGCGACGUCCACCUGACGCCCCGGUCCGACACGGUCUCGCUGCCGCGCCUCCUGCGCUCCUACCGCCCGCUGUCGCCGCUGCCCCCGCGCUGUAACGACGGCACCAACCUGCGCGGAGCGUCCUCGUCCUCUUCGUUGCUAUGCGGCAGGCUGUAUCUGCCCCUGUCGCAGCUCGAGGCGCUGGCUGUGCGGAGGGUGUCGCCCGCCCUGCAGCUCCAGCUCAGCGCCGUGUCGGCCCAGCACUUGCGCGACGGCGGCACCCUCCUCGGGCUCGCGCAGUAUGACACCGCAAAGUACUCGUUUGAGGGGCUCGCCUCUUCGGACGGAGGUCUUCUGGGCCUGCGCGGCAUCUACAACUUUGGCGGCGACGUCGAUGAAGCGUCGAAUGCUGCUGCUGCGGCUGCUGCUACUACCAACAAUACAUGCGCAACCGGUAAGACAGACGACCGGGAGCGCAUCUACGGACGGUUCAGCACGGGAGCCGAGAUUUACUACGGCACGCUAAACAAGUCGGGCGGCAUCAGUCUCGGCGGGCGCUUCGCCACGUUGCCGGAGCACAAGGGAACGCCCCUGUCGGCGACGCUGACGCUCAACCCGCUCAUGGGCAAUAUUUCCGCCAGCUACGCCGUCGUCGCCGGGCGGCACUGCAGCCUGGCCACGCGCAUGGAGUUUAACGUCUUUAGCUACGAGAGCGCGUGGGCCGUGGGGAUGGAGCUGUGGAGGAAGCCGUUUCGCCGGCCUGUCGCGGCCAUGGAGGAGGAGGAGGGCGGGACCGAGGAAGAGCGGCGGAAGCGGCGGCGGAGACGGCGGCGGCCCGGGGAGCGGAGCUGGCAGGCCAAGCUCGACUGGAGGCUCGACGACGAGCAUGAUGCUUCGUCACCGUCGACGGCAUCAGCAGCCGGCAAGGCAGAAGGCGCGUCGGCGGCGUGGGCGAUGCGGCAGGACGGCGGGGCUGCCGACGAGAAGAGCGAGUACGCAGGCGUGCUCAAGGCGCGGCUGGACCAGAACUUGCGCAUCGGGGUGCUGUGGGAGGGGCGGGUCAAGUCGCUGCUCUUCAGCUUGGGCAGCGGGAUUGACCUGAGGAAGCUGGACAAGCCGUUUCGCACGCUAGGGCUAGAAAUUCAAUUCUCGUCGUGA